UCUUCCGGUCACGUGUUCCGAAGAUGGCGGCGCCCGCGGCGGGCCCGGCGCCGGUGCCGGUGCUGCGGAUCGUGGCCGAGUGCGGGCGGAGCCGCGCCCGGGCCGGGGAGCUGCGGCUGCCGCACGGCUCCGUGCCCUGCCCCGUGUUCAUGCCCGUGGGCACCCGCGGCACCGCCAAGGGCCUGACGGCCGCGCAGCUGGCGGCGCUCGGCUGCCGCAUCUGCCUGGGCAACACCUUCCACCUGGGCACGCGGCCGGGCUCGGAGCUGGUCCGGCGUGCCGGGGGCCUGCACGGCUUCAUGGACUGGCCCCACAACCUGCUGACGCGGGGGGUUCCAGAUGGUUUCGCUGCUGGAGCUGUCGGAGGUGUCGGAGGAGGGGGUUCGGUUCCAGCCCCCCCACGGCGGGGAUCAGAUCCUGCUGAGCCCCGAGAAAUCCAUGGAGAUCCAGAACGCCCUGGGGGCCGAUAUCGUGAUGCAGUUGGACGAUGUCGUGAGCAGCACCACGACGGGGCCGCGCGUCGAGGAGGCCAUGAACAGGUCCAUUCGCUGGCUCGAUCGCUGCGUCGCCGCCCACGCCCGCCCCCAGCAGCAGCUGCUCUUCGCCAUCAUCCAGGGGGGGCUGGACCCCGACCUGCGCCUGCGCUGCAUCCGAGCCAUGACCCAGCGGGACGUGCCCGGUUUCGCCAUCGGGGGCCUGAGCGGGGGCGAGGCCAAGGCUCAGUUCUGGCGCACGGUGAAGCUGAGCACGGAGCACCUGCCCCGGGACAAGCCCCGCUACCUGAUGGGCGUGGGGUGAGUCCGGGGGUCCCCUCAGAGCCCCCCCAGAGCUGGGGGAGACCCCCGGAGUCACCCCCGCUUUGCCCCCCCCCCAGCUACGCCACGGACCUGGUGGUGUGCGUGGCGCUGGGCUGCGACAUGUUCGACUGCGUGUUCCCCACCCGCACCGCGCGUUUCGGUUCCGCCCUGGUGCCCUGGGGGUCCCUGCAGCUCAAAAACCAACAAUUCGCCAAGGAUUUCCGGCCCAUCGACGCCGACUGCGGCUGCCCCACCUGCCAGAGGUACUCCCGGGCGUACCUGCACGCGCUGCUGCGCUCCAACACGGCCGCGCUGCACCUGCUCACCCUGCACAACAUCGCCUACCAGAUGAAGCUGAUGGGCUCCAUCAGGGACAGCAUCAUCCAGCAGCGCUUCCCCGAGUUCGUGCGGGACUUCAUGGACACCAUGUACGGGGGCCGGGGGGGGCCCCCAGCCUGGGCUCGCGAGGCCCUGGAGUCUGUGGGGAUCCCCCUGGGCUGAGGGGAACCCCCUGGGAUUCCUGGGAACCCCCUGGGAUUCCUGGGAGCCCCCCCUGAUUCCAGGGGAACCCCCCUAUGGAUCCCUGGGAACCCCCUGGGAUCCUGGGGAACCCCCCCAAAAUCCCAAGGGAACCCCCUGGGAUUCCUGGGGAACCCCCUCAGUUCCCAACCCCUUUCCCCCCCUCUCCCCCUGUGUAUUUUUAUACAUUUUUUUGAUAAUUUUUUUUACUAUUUUCAGGUUUUUAAGGGGUGGGAAAUAAAAGAGUUUGGAAGGGAAA